UCAUGAAGACACGAGUGGUCGAAAGGUGCUAUAACUGAAUGCCAUUGACUCACAGCUGGAUGGACUGUCUCUGAAACCAAACCAAAGUGCACUCACAAUGACCUGCAUUUAGACCUCUGAGGCGGUUUGAGUUUCAAACUGAGACAAGGUGAACACUGUCUACAAUAGACCUGAUAAAAUAAUGGAGGAAGAACUGAAUUAUGCAACAGUGACUUUCAACAAUAAUGGCACUUUUAUAAAUGACAAACCAAACAACCUGGAAGUAAUCUAUGAUGAGGUGAAGACUGGGGAGCAAGCACGGGAUACGAAUCCUGAUUUUCCAGAAAAUGAAAAGAAAGCUCUGGUGCAAUGGCCUACUCUGCUCCAUCUGGUGGCAGCAAGUUUGGGGAUUAUUUGUGUCAUCUUGGUGUCAGUCGUCAUUGCCCUCAGUAUACACUUCAGCACAAUCAUGUCAGAGCAGUACAGAGAAAACAUCAACUUAACAGCAAUGAACCAGCAGCUGUGGACUGAAAAGACCGACUUAGAGAAACAGACAGCAGAGCUGACAAGAGAGAAAGACGGACUCAACUGGACCAUCGGUGUCAUCCUGGAAUAUAAGAACUUCCCAGUUAAUACCCACUGCCCACAGAAAGUGUGUAAACCUUGUCUGGACGGCUGGGUGCUGUUUCAGUCGAACUGUUACCUGUUUUCGAAAUCGAAUUAUUACCCUGAAUCGAUGGGUUGGCAGGGAAGCCGUGAUCAAUGCAAACAAAAGAUGGCAGAUCUGGUGGUGAUCGAAAGCCAGGAGGAACAGGAAUUCAUCAAUAACCAUACAAAAGACUACAAGCAUGGUUAUUGGAUUGGUUUGAGCUACAGGAAUACAAUGGACACAUGGAUGUGGGUAGAUGGAAGCAAUUUCACUUUGAUGUACUGGGUAACACAACAACCAGGAAACCAGGGAUAUUGUGCUCUAACUCCGCCAAGUGCAGAUCCUCUCGCCAACUGGCACAAAGUGAACUGUAAUUUGAGGAACCGGUGGAUCUGUGAAACUAGAGCCUUGAUCAAACCAGAUGAGGAAUCAGCUUCAUUAUCCAAAUAGAUUAUGUCACAUUUAAGAAAUCUAUUGGCCUACCAGGACAAGUUUUUUUGUGUGGUGUUUUUCCAGAUUUUUUAAUUUUUUAAAUUAAAGAUGUAAGCAUGUUUUCUUUUUGUUGUCUUUUUCUAAUUUAUUGCAAGUAUCCAUUUCUACAAAUGUUGCAGUGUACAUCACCUUUGAGUUAUAUUUAGCAUGCUUGAAUGCACUUUAUAUCAAAGAGAUAAGAAUGCAAACUGAACAACAUCUAUCAUCUAUCUACUACAAUCUAAUGCAAUCCAAUAUCACGGCUUUGCAACUGAAGUUUAUAAUGUAUAGGUGUUUAGGAUAAAAGAAUUGUUAAUUCAAUUAUAUGUUUUA